UUCCCAAAAACCAAAUCUCAAAAAAGAAACAAAGAAGAGGACUACUUCCACCUCCUCCACACCUCUUUGGAGGAAGGGAGGGUGUCUUCCUCUUUCCCCUCUUUGGACUAGGGUUCAUCUUCCUCCCAGGCACUGUCGUGAUGCAUAGAUCCGGUGCGGUGAUGGCGUGGAACGUUUUUAGGUUCUGCACGGCGCUUCGUGGUCUUGGUUCAGUGAUGAUCCUGAUGGUUCUUGGCAUCGUUGGUGUUACUUACUACGCCGUCGUGGUCAACAACUACGGUCCAGCUCUGUUUUCAACGGGAGGCUUCGGUUUCCUCACUGCCUUCGUCGUUCUUGUGCUCUUCCAUGGCCUGAUGGCAAUGUUAUUAUGGAGUUACUUUUCUGUUGUCCUUACGGAUCCUGGUAGUGUUCCACCUAAUUGGAGACCUGCUGUGGACGAGGAGGUGGGAGAAAGUGCCCCAUUGGCUGCCACGGACUUCAACAAUUCGAUUUUGACUUUGCACCAAUCUGCAAUAAUUUCGGACCCUGGAGAUCCAAGGAUUAGAUUUUGUCGGAAAUGUAACCAAUUUAAGCCUCCUCGUUGCCAUCACUGUUCUGUUUGUGGAAGAUGUGUUUUGAAGAUGGAUCACCACUGUGUGUGGGUUGUCAACUGUGUUGGAGCAUUAAAUUAUAAGUUCUUUCUUCUCUUUCUAUUCUACACAUUUCUUGAAACAACUCUGGUCACCAUGUCACUUUUGCCACAUUUUAUUGCCUUCUUCAACGAUGGAGAGAUUCCAGGAACACCUGGAAUGCUAGCAACCACUUUCCUGACAUUUGUUUUGAACUUGGCUUUUGCACUGAGUGUUCUGGGCUUUCUGAUCAUGCAUAUAUCCCUGGUGAUGGGGAAUACAACAACAAUAGAGGCAUAUGAAAAGAAAACUACUCCAAAAUGGAGGUAUGAUUUGGGAAGGAGGAGGAAUUUUGAACAGGUGUUUGGGAUUGACAAGAAGUACUGGUUCAUCCCAACCUACUCAGACGAUGACUUGAGACGGAUUCCAGCGCUGCAAGGCCUUGAAUACCCAACAAAACCAGAACUAGAUGCACAGGAUUUAUGAAAAACAAUUAUUUUUGCAGUCUGGCUAUAUUUAGGGAAGAUCCCCAGCUUGGCUUUCUAAGAUCAACAUUAAAAACCUGGAGAUUUAUAGUUUUAACCCCCAUUUUAAUCAUCAGAAGCAGCAAGAGAAGGAAGUAGUGCUGUAAUAUAAGGAUGAAGAAGAGGCCAUUUUUUUCUAAUUGUGUUGACAUUUAUAGUAUACUGUGUAGAAUUUGUUCUGAUUGUGAAGGGAUGGGUUGAGAGUGCUGUUUGUGGAGGUGCUAAUGUAUCCAGCUGCUAUUUGUCUGGUGCUGAUGUGCUUAUGGUUUCAGUAAGCUGUAAAAUAGAUGUUUUUAAAACAUGUUAGUUUUAGGGUCCAUUCAUUUAAGACGGCGGAUUACUAUUUUUCUCAAGUUAGACUAAAUUGUUCCACGUAAGAAAUAAUUUUAA